AUGCGCUGGUUCAACGUGGUCAGCUUUUUCGAGUCGCUGCGUCCGGUGUAUCUGACCGCGAAAAUUUUUCUACUGCUCUUCGAAACGGUCGAUUUCGAGCGGCGUACAUUCCGCCGGACACUUUCCGAUCAAAUCCGGUACGUUCUCACCUUAAUCAUGGAUUUGUACCUGACGCUGGUUGGCAUCCGAAGCAGUGCCGCUUUCCUGAAACUUUCCGAUUCGAUCCUACUGAACGUGGGAUACUAUGGAUCAUUUCUGUUGACUUUCAUCCUGGCGCUGGUUCUGCCAACGUGGCAUGGUUUGAAAGCGCGGAAUAUUUGUGCACUGCUUGAAAGUGUAGCGUGUUUCGAUGAUGAGAUAAAACUGCUCGGGUUCCGAAUAAAUCAUCAGAAGCAUCAUUUUAUCAGUACGAUUGUCGUAAACUGUUCGAUGUUCAUCGCGUAUUUUAUGAUAGGAAUAACGACCUACGCGUACUGCAACGAAAACUGGUUAAAUUUAACGAAUAUAUUCCCGGAGUACUGGAUGGUUCUUCCGUUCGUCAGGACAUCCAUUGUAGAGGGAUUAUUUAUUUGCUACUUUUGUUUGAUGCUACUGUCCCUGCGCCAUCGUUUCGCCGUUCUGAACCGAGUCAUAAUGAAAUUCUUGCAGACUACUCCCGAAAAGGAUUUCCAGAUACUCUUCGACACGGAAACAUGCUGCAGAAUGAUUAGAAAAUUUGCCACCCUGCACGAUCAGCUGUGCGAUGCGAUCAAACUGUUCAAUUGCUGUUUUUCCACCCAGGCCAUGUUUGUCCUGGCAACGGCUUUCGGAUUUACGAUAUUCUCGAUAUUCGGAUUGAUCCAUGCGUACGCGACAACCGUGGAUGACAAUAUUCAUCACUUGGCUUGGUCCACUAUGUUCUACGACGGAUUCUACAUAUCGUUCAUUAUCCAGCUGGUGGUGUUUUCUGGCUUGAUUCACGUAGAGUGCAAGCGGACAGCGCUUCUAAUUCACAAGGUCAUCUGCUACGGAUCGUAUGACAGGAAGGUUCGCAAAGAGUUGCGGAUUUUCUCCCAGCAACUGUGUCACCACUCACCGAAGGUUUCCUGUAACCUGUUCGAUUUUGACUGGACUCUGUUCUAUACGAUAGCCGGAUCCCUGUCCACGUAUCUUAUCAUAUUGAUGCAGUUUGAUCUGAUCAACUUCGAUUAUGCAGAGUUGACUGAUAAGAAAAAAUCAACGCGUCAGUGA